UACGUCAACUUUGAUUGUCAAAUCAAACAAAAUGGGAGUGAAAAUCCAAAGGAAAACAAUGCGAAAUUGUUGAUAAAUUGCGGUUUCAGAAUGAAAAAAAACUACGUGAUGACUUUAUAAUAUUGUGAUCGACAUGUUUACUAAAAAAUCUCAUCAAGAUGUUAAGAAAUCAUCGGUUAAAAUCCAGGAUUCGAAGAAGGAUUCUGGAACCCGAUUAAAACAUUUAAAAAUUGUAUUAGAACAUUUUGAUACUGAAGAGUCGAAAGCCUACUUUGAGGCAAAUUUCAGCCAUGUGUACUUUAUACUGUAUGACAACUUCAUACAGGCCGAGAACAACCUGCGGCAAAGAGAACUUCCGUUUCAUAUUGUGCACAAGGCGGGUCGAGAGGAGCUGGAGGGCGCGCUGGGGCUGCUGGAGCGCGUGCUGUGCCUGCUGCCCGAGCUGCUCGGCCGGCGCUGGCAGCUGCACUCGUUGACGAGCAUCUUCUGCAAGCUGCUGCAUAGCGGCAACUCGCAGAAGCUUAGGGCUGAGUCUAUUAGGUAUUUCCUGCUAUGGUAUCAAGCGUUAGGCGACAACGCUCCAUACGAAGUGCACAAGAUGUUCGCGAGCCUGGUGCCGGGGCUGCCCGAGCCGUGCAUCCGGCCCAGCGGCUCCCCGCUCAACCACAGCCUCGACUUCAUGGCCAACAUCUCCACUGACGCCAAAGACUUCAGCAUGGAGGAAAUUAUGCAGCACCCCAACUUUAGCACCACCACAGAUAACGCGAAAAAGGUGGUCGUUGAACAAACAGCCACAGGCAUCAUGGGGAAAAUUGCCAAUGUGUCUGCGUCCAUUUUCCACGAUACAAACGCGCUUAAUCCCGUCCAAAGUGUAGAGAUCCAGCCUCUACUGCCUGCCAGUUCGAGCGAGAAGCCAGUUGAAAAUGAAACAAAGUAUUUUCUGGAGAUUCUUCUAGAUGGCAUGGCGUCCUCCAUCACAAAGAUACAGUGGAAGGAUCGCUCGCACGCCAAGUCCAUGAGGAGUUUUGCCUUCCUCCUGGACAGAUUCAAGCUGUACUACCUGCCCGUUAUAUGUCCACAAUUUAAUCCAAAGAAUUCACUUUACAAGCCUAAUUUAGAACUGCCAGUCCAACACAACAUCCUAGAAGACAACUACGUACUCUGCCGAGUCACCCUCAUCAAAUGGGUGGCGAACUACGCGCACUUCGUGAAGAAGCCGGGCAGCGACUCGGGGCAGCCGUCGUCGAUCGUGAGCACGGGCUCGCACCCCCCGCACUUCAGCUCGCCCACCCCCGCGGUGUCCAUGCAUCAUGAGGAGGAGACGUCCUUCACCGUGGGACACCCCUCGGCUGAUUCCAGCCGCGCGUCGUCGCAUGAUUCAACGUCGAUUACGCCGCAUCCUAGUUUAGAUUCUGCCCCCGGCAGCAUAGAAGAGCUAAACUCCGAGCUAGUGGUCCGCGACGUACUCUGUUGCUCCACUCGAGAGAACGUCGACUUCACCAUAGAGGUGCUGCGACAGGCGUUCCUACUGCCAUUCUCUCACGGCGUGGCGGUGCGGCGGGUCAUCGCGCUGUAUAAGGACUGGAUACAGAUGAAUGUAUCAGAAAUCCCGCCAUUCCUGCUAGAGAACACGUUUGCGUCGCUCAACGCGGGCGCGGGCGAGCCGGCCGCGCCGCCGCGCCGCCUGCGCAACGACUCGUACCUGGGCGCCGUGAGUCGCGACCACGCGAUGCUAAGGGCUGGGUUGCAGAACGUCCUUCAAGUGUUCAUGACGCAAGCGGCGAACGUGUUCCUGGCAUCUUCCUCGCCUGUGGCGCCGCCCGGCGGGCUCGGCCAGCACCAGCUGUUAGAGGAGCAGACGGACACGUGCAAGCGAGUGCUCAACAUAUACCGCUACAUGGUCAUGCAUGUCGCUAUGGACGCUAGCUCGUGGGAACAACUGCUUUUAGUAUUACUACAAAUAACGUCAUUGGUGCUGACAAAAGUUCCACCUAAGAAGAAGCAAGAAUCCCUUGGUGGUUUCCUAGCGCCGGCGUUCUUCCAGACCCUCAUUGUGACGUGGAUAAAGGCUAAUUUGAACGUUUGGGUGCGGCCCGAGCUGUGGCAAAACUUCAUGGAGCUGCUGUCGCGGCUCACGCACUGGGAGGAGCUCAUCAAUGAGUGGGCGAAAACCAUGGAGACGCUCACCCGAGUGCUUGCUCGCCACGUCUACAACCUCGACCUAUCCACCACCAACGGGGGCGGCAGUGGGGGCGCGUGCGGGCUGACGCGGGGGCGGGGCCGACGCGCCCCCGCGGCGCCGCCCCCCGCGCCCCCGGCUAGCGCGCUGGCGUCGGGGGACAGGGGCAGUGAUAGGCAUUGCAAUGUCGAUGGCAGGACGCCUGGUAAAUCCCCGAAGAGCGUGUCGGAGGCGCACUCGCGCAAGGAGUCGCGGCGCAGCCUGGCGCGCUGCCGCAGCGACCCGCACCUGCACAAGGAUGUGGUGGUUACAGACGAUACCAAAGAACUUAGCAGUAUGAAACGACGAUGGUACUCAUUGGACUCGCUGAGACAAUCGAGACAACAGGAGGACCGAGACUCGGCGAGCGGUUCGCGCUCGCCGUCGCCAGCGCCAUCUAGCGGCGUGGAGAGCAGCUCCAUCAAGGACUCCCCGCUGCAGAUCGAUCUGGCAUCCGACGGAGGAAAUGUUGAGUGGUCGGAGGGCGAGGCGGAGGGGCUGGAAGGGCGGGGGCAGGGCACGGGCGUGGUGAUGGGCGGCUCAGCACGCGGCUGGCUGCCCGACGUGGCGGCGGUGUUGUGGCGCCGCAUGCUCGCCGCGCUGGGAGACCCCAACCAGCUGAAGGACCCCAACACGCAUCAUAAGCUCUACAACUACCUCAUACAUUUGAAUUCUACGCUGAUCAAGAUAAGCACGAACCAGUCGCUGAACGGCAACACGGAGGUGCACGUGCCCUUCAACCUGGUGGCGGGCUGGUGCCUGGAGGCCGAGGCGCUGCCGCCCACUCACAGGGCGGGCAAGCUGCUCGCGCUGCGACUCCUGUGCGAGUCGACGCACGCGGCGGGGCCGGGCGCCUACUCGUCCACAAACAACCGUCUGCACCUGUCUCAUCUCAACCUGUACCAGCGAGCUUUGCAUCAUGGACUAACCGGUGAAGACAGAUCAGUGGUAGACGUGCUGGUGGAAUAUGCAGCUCCGAGAUACCUCUCACUGGCCCUCGAUGGCUACUCUCUGCUUCUGUUGGACUUUGUCCACGCGUCCACUGUGGUGCUCAACUCGUCUGAUAUGGGACCUUCGUGUCCGCGCACGGCCGCGGUGACCUUCCUGAGCUCGCUGCUGGCGCUGCCCGACGCGCUGAUGCAGGCGCCCAUGCUGCAGCCCUACCCGCACCAGUACAACACCGUCUCCUGUCCCGAUCUCAAAGAGCACGUGCUAAACAUCGUAGUUCGCGUGUGCCGGCGCGAGGGCUCGGCGGGCGCGCGCUGCGCCGGCGCGUGCGGGCUGGCGGCGCACGCGGCGCACCUGCUGGCCGCCAGGGCGCGCGCCGAGCGCCUGCCCGCCUACGUCACUUGUCUGCUGCAUAUGCUCAUGAUGAAAAACAAGAGCAUCGCUAAAGUAGUGAGCGACACGCUAUUUGUGUUGGCAGACUACACCGACGUUAUCAUCGAGCUUUAUCCAGGAUUAGCCGGUAAAAUAAUAAAGUGGAUAUGCGCGUGCCUGGCGCAGAUCUCGCACCAGAGUUCCCGGGACGCCGUGAAGCCUCUAGCCGGGUCUUUGUUGCUGUGCCUGGGAGAAUUCGCGUCCCGUUGCGGGCCCACCUACCUGACGCAGGAGAAGGAGGGUGGACAGUCUCUGUUGCUGAUCAUAUUUAGGGUAUUACACGCAGUGAUGAACGGCACCAGCGGGUCUGACAUCGAGGGUCUAGCUCUGCCCAUCGACGAGGACUUCGACCCCAACGUGCAGCUCGACAACCUCUCGCCCAAGACCGCGCCCGUCUCCACUAUUGAUGUUAAACUGUGGGCGCAGAUGAUAUGCACGCAACUAGUCCUCUUCCUCGGCCACUGGCCGCUCUGGUCGACUUGCCAGCUCUCCUCCUCGGUCUCCGAGCAGCACGACAGCUCGCCGCCGCUGGGCGCGGAGCUGGGCCCGGCCGUGCUGGCGGCGCCGCACCUGCAGCUGAUGCGGCUCAGUGACAGCACGCUGGCGUCGGUCGCUCAGCUGCCGGAGCGGGACGCGCCGCGGGCUAGCUCUACGCCAGGCCUAUCAACCUCAGACCGACAAGUGCGCGUGAUCCUGCGCGACCUGGCGGGCAAGUGGUGCUGGGACGCGUCCGCGCUGCACUACGACCCCGCGCCCGCCGCGCGCCUCGACCCGCUGCCGCUGCCCGCAGAUACGGAGUGUCCGCGCGACACGACGCUGUCGUCGCUGCCGCCGCCGCUGCCGCCCGACCUCAUACCGGAUUACAAGAACUGCCCGCCGGACAAACAUCAGUUGGACCACGUGCUAGCCUACAUAGGCCACACAUCCCCAGAAGUGUGUGGUGGGCGGCAACUGCACUCUGUCGGCGCGUCCCCCCUCCCCCCCGCCGCCGAGCACGAGCUGCUGGCGGCCAUCGUGCAGCACCGCAACGCGGAGCGCGCCUUCCUCGAGCACGCCAGCAGGGAAGAAGAACCCGAACCCGUCGAAACCUGCCAAGAGCCCUCCACCUCAUUCUCCCAGUGCGCCGUAUUCUGCGCGCAGUGGGGCGUGCUGGGCGCGGCGCGGCGCGGGCCGGCGCAGCUGCUGGCGCGCUCCGAGCGCCUGCUGCGCGACCUGCGCCACCUCGACGCCAUGAGAUGCCGUGAGACUCACAAGGUGGCGGUCAUCUAUGUUGGAAAAGGACAGGAGAAUCGUAACGACAUCCUGUCUAACAGAGCUGGGAGCCCCGCCUACGAAGCUUUCUUAGCUGCCCUGGCUUGGGAGGUGGAGCUAGAGAGCCACGUCGGGUUCGCGGGCGGGCUGCGCGGCGGCGGCGGCGGCGGCGUCAGCGCGCCCUACAUCGCCACGCUCACGCUCGAGGUGCUGUUCCACGUCGCCACCCGGAUGCCGGCAGACUCGCCUGACGCCAUCUUGAAUAAGACGCGGCACCUCGGCAACGACGAGGUGCACGUGGUGUGGAGCGAGCACGCGCGCGCGUACCGCCGCGACACGCUGCCCACGCAGUUCUGCGACGUGCUGCUGUGCCUGUACCCGCUGCCAGGCGGCCUGCUGCGCGCCACCGUGCAGCGCAAGCCUGACGUGUCAGUAUUCGGCCCGCUCUGGGAGGAGAGCCUCAUCAGCGUGUCCUGCGCUGCCACUCUCGUCCGCGCGGCGGCUGUCAGCGGCGGGCGGGCCGUCCGAGCCAUGCUGCCGUUAUACCAGCACGCGUACGCCGAGCGAAGCCGCAGCCUCGUCAGCACGGUCCAGCAGCACACGGAACCGACCACGUUUGAACACUUCGUGCAGCGGCUGAGGGAUCCCGUGCCGCAGCGGGAGAAUGUGAAUACGAGGACUGAUCAGAACAGCGGUCGGCUGGCGGCGGCGUUGCUGGACCACGGCGCCAGCACGUGGGGCGGCAACUCCGAGUCUCACACGAUAUCUCCGCGACCGGUCAAACGCAUCGGACCCUUCAAGCGGCCGCAACUAGCCUCGCCCCCCGCCCCCGCCACCGCGCCCCCCAGACGCAACCGGUGAACUAACACACGCCGAAAAUAUUAACGAAAAGGAAACAUAAAUGUUCCAAAUUGAAAACGCUGAUGACGGUUCGUAAUUUGUUAUACUAACGGUCCCGGCACAAACGAAUGCUCGGCUAAUAGUUGAGAGGUGCUGAUAUUGAAUAAUAGAUUUAUAUUUCGGUUCUAUAAUGUUUUAAUUGAAAUUGUUAGGGUUAAUCAGUUGAGUACUCUGUUCAACGGUUAUGUGUGGGGAAGUUUGCAGAUUAUAAUUUCGCACUGUUAUAUUAAUUUAAUAAUUUAUUCCAUAAUUUUAAUUCAUAGUAAUAGAGAUUACU